AUGCGCGUCUCCUCCACCCUCCUCGCCGCUGCAGGCCUCUUGACCUCGGCCAACGCUGCCAUCAAGGGCUUCAACUACGGCGCCAACUUCAACAACAACCAGGCCAAGGUGCAGGCCGACUUUGAAUAUGAAUUCAACGCCGCCAAGCAGCUUCCUGGCACCAAUGGAUGGACCAGCGCCCGUCUGUACACCAUGAUCCAGCACGGCACCCAGACCGACGUCAUUGAAGCCAUCCAGGCUGCUAUCAACACCAAGACCGGUCUCCUCCUCGGCAUGUGGGCCUCCGCCGGUCAGGCCAACUUCAACAACGAGAUUACUGCUCUCAAGGCCGCCAUUGCUCGGUACGGCACUGCCUUCACUGACCUCGUUGAGGGUAUCUCCGUCGGCAGUGAGGAUCUCUACCGUGUCACCCCCACUGGUAUCGAGAACAAGUCCGGCGCCGGUGCUCAGCCGCAGGAGCUCGUCAACUACAUCAAGCAGACCCGUGAUGCCAUCCGUGGCACUGCUCUCCAGGGCAAGCCCAUCGGUCACGUCGACACCUGGACCGUCUACGUCAACGCUACCAACAACCCCGUUAUUGAAGCCGUUGACUUCAUCGGCAUGGACGCCUACCCCUACUUCCAGACUACCAUGAACAACAACGUCGGUUCAGGCAGCCAGCUCUUCUUCGACGCCUACCACCAGACUGUUGCCGCUGCCAAGGGCAAGCCCGUCUGGGUUACCGAGACCGGAUGGCCCGUUAGCGGCGAGACACUCAACCAGGGUAAGCCCAGUGCGGAUAAUGCCCGCAUCUACUGGGAGGACGUUACCUGCCAGCUCGUCAAGGACAACGUCAACUUGUGGUACUACAUCCUCCAGGAUGUCCAGUACGGCAACCCCGUCCCCUCGUUCGGCAUCAAGCCUGCGGGUGAUCUGAUGCAGGUGAAGCCUCUGUUCGACCUCUCUUGCCCUGCUGGUUCCGCACCCAGCAACCCGUCCAAAAAGGUCUCCACCGAUGGUACUUGCGGAUCCCAGGGAGGUGCUACUUGCGCUGGCUCGCCGUUCGGUAACUGCUGCUCGCAGUACGGAUGGUGCGGAAACACCGCCGGACACUGCGGUACCGGUUGCCAGAGCGGAUCGGGCACUUGCACCAAGAGUUCAGCACCGCUUUCCGCUUCGUCCACUGGAAUUGGUCUUGAGCAUAUCGAAGGCCUACCGCAACCAACCUUUACCCCUCUUCAAGAACCAUUCGAAUACCCCCACCAGCUCAUCCCCAUUGACAAGGCCGACCCCACCAAAGUGAUCGGCAACGGAUAUACUGCCCUGCUAUCGCCUACCAUAUCAACCGUCUUCGUUUACGAUAUCCGCGCUGAGUUCGCCGGCAAGACUUGCACCUUGGCUCUACACAUGCCCCCGCCCUUUCCCAUACCCGAAACAGCACCCGUUCAAAUUCGCACUCCGGGUGGUAUCAGCGUAUCUCGCCUCGCCAACCAAGUUUCUGAUACUGUUUCCAUGCAGAGUGUCGGCAACUCAAGUCUUGUCGGUGUUGUACAACUCAUCGAGCCUGCUCAUCAAUACAACGUCGCUAGCUUUCCUUGCGAAGCUGGCCAACGGGUUAGUUACCAGGUGGACUCGAUCAAUGGGCUUGAUAUGAAUUGGUUCCAGAUGACGUACCCUGCUCUCGGGCUGUUCAUGCUGGUCAGCUAG